GCAGUGCUUUGUGUUGGCAUUGUCGGAAGCUGAUGAUCGCCGUCUCAAUGUUGCAUUUUGAGACAAAUGAGACUGAGAACUGGAUGCGAAAGAUUGUUACAUUAGCGAUCCUGGGGUUUUAAUAAGUCGCUCUGAGGAAGGGGCACUGCACCCGAAACGUUAACUCUGUCUUUUUGCCUUCACACAUGCUGCUAGACCUGCUGAGCUUUUCCAGCAACUUUGUUUUUGUUUCUGAUUUACAACAUCCCAGUUCUUUUGUUUUUUUUAAUAAGUCGCGAUUGAAAAGGCUUCCUGCAGCUCAAAGCUAAAGAUACUCUUGAUACCGCUCUGUCAGCGAGUAGAGAAAUGGCGGUGAAAUAAGGAUAAUAAAUACAGGUCUAGCAGUCCUCAGGUCGGAAAUAUGUGUGAAUUUCCACAUUGCUGUUUGUCCUUCCACUUGAGGAGGAGUAUUUGGAAUGGCAGGAAGCAGCUGACAUCAGUGAUGUUUGGCUGGAAGUACAAGGUGAAGCAGGAAAACUGCAGUGUAAUUAGAACGAACACUAAUUGAAGCGGAGGGAAAGGAGCAAUACCUUCGUGGUAUCACUCUUGGUUGAGAGAAGAGUUUUGAGAUUUGACUGUUGUUUCCGGUCAGUCAGCUUGCCGAAGCAGUCAGAUUUCCGUCACACUACUCAGAAUAAAAAUGGCAUCAGGAGAUGAGCUUCCAUCCCAUCUCGCUGUCGAUACCUCCAACAUUCAAAUUCUUAACUCUGAGACCUCAAAAAGACUCGUCGAAAAUUUUGUAAUCGCUCUCAUGAACAAGGAGCGUUUCUACAUCCGCACAUUCUUUUCGACAAACAAAGCAUAUACCACUGCUGAAAGUGUGUUGUACAUCCUCCUGGACAAAUAUGGAAGCUUUGACACCUCAGAGGCAGAAGAGAUUCCAGUAAUCGAUUCAGUGAGCACAAACAGCGGAAACAAUGAUAACAUUCCGAGCUGUGAGGAGCUUGAAAAUGCAAUUCCUCGAGAUACAGUUGCAGAGAUCAAAAAGUCUAAAACCUUUGACAGCCCAAACUCUGAGAAAGAUGAAGAACCAAGUUCACCAAAAGAGACAGCAACAAUUUCAAAUUCUGGAAAUGUUGACAGUGCAAAUGGUGAUGAAAAUGGAAGUUGUCGUUCUUCAGGAUCCAGCGAAUUAAUUGCUGAAUAUGGAAGCUUUGACACCUCAGAGGCAGAAGAGAUUCCAGUAAUCGAUUCAGUGAGCACAAACAGCGGGAACAAUGCUAACAUUCCGAGCUGUGAGGAGCUUGAAAAUCCAAUUCCUCCAGAGACAGUUGCAGAGAUCAGAAAGUCCAAAACCUUUGACAGCCCAAACUCUGAUAAAGUUGAAGAACCAAGUUCACCGAAAGCAACUGCAGAAAUUUCAAAUUCUGGAAAUGUUGACAGUGCAAAUGGUGAGGAAAAUGGAAGUUGUGUUUCUUCAGGAUCCAGCGAAAUAAUUGCUCACUGUGAAAGCGUUGAGUCUGAACACUGUCCGAAUUCUGAUGAAAUUCAGAAUUUAAGUUCACCAGAAAAGGGAGCGACAGUCAAGAAAAGCAUAGACUUCAACAGAUCAAGCUUUCUAGAAGAAUAUAAUUUCAGUCCUGCAGAAAAGGAAACACUAAUGAAAAUUGCUAUACCUGAAAUUCUUGAAAUCUGGCUGGAGGAGUCUGCCGAAGACUUUCGUCAAGUUCCAACUUACUCUUGUCUCCGGAAGGUACUUUGCUACUUGAACCAGACAGUGCCGGGGUCAGAUGCUGAACAUCGGGCCCAGAAACUCCUGAGUCGGUUUUUGGCAGAGGAAACAGCGGAGAAAGAGAUGUUCAAAGGCUACCGUAGAAGAGUUAGAUUCUAUAUUGGAGAAGAACACGACCAAACCAUCGAACAAGUUGACGGAAAGCUCCUGUCCUACCCAUCACGCUUCAUUGCAGAGCAGCUGACUUUUAUGGAUGCUCCAAUGUUUAGGGUCCAUCUGGUCUCAACGAGGGAAGGAAGAAAAACAGCAUCUGGUAUCAACCGUCCAGGCCACCAUUACACAGUUCAAUAAUGUUACAAAAUGUGUCACCAGCACCAUAUUAAGACCUCAACAGCUGAAACCACGGCAGAGGGCUAAAAUCAUUGAGAAAUGGAUUGAUGUUGCCCAGGAAUGUCGGAUCUUGCAGAAUUUCUCGUCAGUGCAUGCUAUUACCACUGCAUUGCAAUCAAAUAGUGUGUUCAAUUUGAAGAAGACUUGGGCAGCCGUGUCAAAAGCAGUAAGACAACAUUUGAAGACCUUUCAAACAAUGAAGAAGAUAACUUUAUAGCAAGUAGAGAGCUGCUAAUGGAGG